AUGGAUGAAGAUGGGCACCCCAAAACCCUUCAGUUUGCAUGUCCUUCAAGAGGCCAGCAGAGACUAGUCACAACUUCAAAUUCCUUGGAGAAAGAUUUUGAUUACUCUGCUUGGGGAAAAAAUCAAGAUCUUAACAAGAGAAUUCAGCUCCUGCGGAUCAUAACACAAAUUUCCCAUAAUUCUACUUUCCUUACCUUCCUCUUGACUGGGGUCCCUGGACUUGAAUGGGCCCAUGCCUGGAUCUCGAUCCCCUUCUGUUGCCUCUAUUUAACUGCUCUUUCUGGGAAUACCCUGAUCCUGUUCGUAGUCCUCACUGAGCCAAGCUUCCAUGAGCCCAUGUACUAUUUCCUCUCCAUGUUGUCCACCACUGACAUAGGCUUAUGCAUCUCUACACUGGUGACAGUACUAGGUAUAUUCUGGCUCAAUGCCCGAGAGAUCAGCUUUAAUGCUUGCUUAUCACAAAUGUUCUUCAUUCACCUCUUCACUUUCAUGGAAUCUUCAGUGCUCCUGGCUAUGGCUUUUGAUCAUUUUGUGGCCAUUUCCAACCCAUUGAGAUAUGCUACCAUUCUAACUCAUGCAAGGAUUUCACAGAUUGGUUUGGCAGUUAUUACCAGGGGGACUGUCAUUCUGACACCACUAGUCUUGCUUCUCAAGCAUCUAUCAUUCUGCCGAAGUCAUGUGCUCCGUCAUUCUUACUGCUUCUACCCUGAUGUGAUGAAGCUCUUGUAUUCAGACACAAAGAUCAACAGUGCAUUUGGACUAAUUGCAAUCAUCUCUACCACUGGAGUGGACUCUAUCUUUAUCCUGCUUUCCUAUGUCCUGAUCAUUCAUUCAGUUCUCAACAUUGCAUCUCCAGAGGAGAGGAAAAAGGCUUUCAGCACCUGCAUUUCUCAUAUCACGGCUGUGGCCAUAUUCUACAUCCCUUUAAUCAGCCUGUCUUUUGUUCACAGAUUUGGAAAACAUUCUCCACCAUACGUGCCCACACUGAUUGCUAAUAUUUACUUGCUCAUUCCCCCUUUGAUGAAUCCCAUCAUCUACAGGGUGAAAACAAAGCAGAUUGAAAAAGCUGUGCUCAAACUUGUGUGUUCUAAGGGAACUCAUAUUUAA